AAUACCGUGAGACCCCAGCUUGACUCUACAAUCAGCAUCGCUUUCUGAAAUUAAUUCUAGGUUGAUUAAUCAGCCUGACUAUAAUGGAAGUCAACGAUAGCUUAGCAUAUAUUUGCUCCAAAGGUCACAAAAUGAACUAAUGAAUUUGAUGCGAGGUUUAAGGAGCCCCCUCACAAGGAUAAUUCACUUCCCAAAUAAGGUUUGACGUUUCAGCGCUACCGAAAUAUACAUAUACAUAUACAUAUGCACUCAAAUGCAUUACGGCCUCGCGGUCUCUCACUGUUUUUCCACUUAACCCUAUCAUUGAGCACCUGGAGCUGCUUUUGUUGGGUCGCCAUCGUCCUUGCAUCGCGCGCCAUCUGCCGGUCGCUAGCGCAACCUCCUAGCAAAAGAAAAUCGUAAAUAUCGCACGUUCGCUCACUAGCUCCGCUACUUCAUCUUAGUUCGACUCAAUUUGAUCAACUGCUGAGAAGCUCCGCUGUUCUUCGCUCCGCUUCACCACUGCGGCCGUCGCGAGACUUAACCGCUAGCGGCAAUCGCAGCCAUGCGCAUAGUGCCGUAGAGUAGCUACAGUCUUCCAGUUGUCUACGCAGGCACUAGCGUCCACGAAGGGUUUCCUUGUGGGAACCUUUACCGGCGACUGCUCGCUGCGUCGCAGCUGCUCCUUGUGGAGCGCAUGCCGCCGCCUGCUGCGGCCGCCGCAGACCCGACGACUGCUAGCGGUGCCAGUCGUUUUGUCGAUGUUUGUCGCUACUGCUGCCGGCUACUGUCUGGCGGCCAACCGCUGGUCGCUUGAGAGUGACUAUUGCCGGCGCCACCAGUCGACGCUGGUGGUGGCGAGCGCUUUCCAGUGAGCGGCGACGACGACUGCUCCGCAAGCGUGGUUAGCCGCCGCUAGGCGCUGGACCUGCUCCGCUGUCUGUGCUGCCUGUUACCAGAUAGUACGCAAGCGUUGUUAUGAUACGACGGUGGCGACAACGAUGAUAGAAAAAAAACACCAAAAAAUUUCCCCUGUCUGUCUGUCUGUCUGUGCGAGUACUGAUGGCCACAACGAGAGGAGUUCGUAGUUACAGUAGUAGUAGCGUUUUAGCAGCUUUGAGGCAGGGACCGGUCGCCAAACGCUUCUGUGUAUCCGGACGGGCGUUGUAACGCUACGUGCGGCAGCUGCGUAGUGUGUACAUAUAGCCGAUCUAGAUGAGAGCUGGCGACCAGUUAGGUCAGCCAGCAAAUUUCUAUUGGUUUGCGUGUUCGAGGUAGAGUCGCGCGGCGCGCAUCGCUGAUCAACCAACAACGAACGAGCCCCUGCUGGCCGUUGCGUCGCUGCUGUUGCGAACGCGGCCUGCUGCUGCUGCUGCUGCUGCUGCCUGCCUGCCUGCCUGCCUGCCUGCUUACCGUCAGUAGUAACAGCAGUAUCUUUUUGUUGUCGCCGUUCAUUUGUAGUUGCUUGCACUAUUGUUUAUGGGGCACAAAUCAAGGUGGCUGACUGCUGGCGAAAUGGCUGAGUUGCGGAGUGGACGACGCGCGAACGGACAGACUGUGAUCUUCGACAACUAUCAGUGAUGCUGUUGCUGUUCUUGGCGCUGCUGCUGCUGCUGCUGCUGCUGUGGUUCGUUGAUGCUGCAUUUUUCGUUCUCCGUAGUAGCGGCGCCGGCAGCGGCUGCGGUUCUGCUAGAGGAGGCAGCAGCGGCCGCCGUGGUAUCAACACGUGCGUUAAUAGCGACAGUUCUACUGGCAAGCAGCUGCUUGUCGCCUGUUGUUGUACUUCGUUACCACUCGCCAUCGGCGUCAGCGAUCUCGUGGCGCGCUAAACAUUCAGGUCCGUGAGCUCGCCCUUGCUUAUCCGACCGUAACGACGAAAACAACAACGACCACUAACAACUGCCACAGCGGCCCUACUAGUUGCUUACGGCUACGGCGUCGGCAACCGGGGGGUUUCCGUUAGCGCCAACAGCAGCAGCAGCCUCUUUGCACUUGUGCAACUGGCCAACCUUCCUCUAACCACUAAAACACCUCUGACGGCAGCAACCGAAGCAGAUGCCAAUCGCAAGCUACUGCGUGCUGCGGCUGCCGCCAUUCGACAGCAACGAGGAAAGACGGUUACAGUAACAGCAGCAGCUAACGACGAAGGAGCCGGUAAGCACGACGGUACGAGGAGGAGCGAAAACAAUACAACAACAACAACAGCAGCAGCAGCAGCAGCAGCAGCAGCAACAGCGCAAAACCGAAGCAGAAACUUCAGAGGUGGUGGCCGAAUAGGAGCAGUCGGAACCGCGACGGCCGGAGGGCGCCCCAAGAAUUGCUGCUGCUGCUGCUGCUGCUGCUGCUGUUGGGUCAGUAUCACUCCCAGGCACGCGGCUAGUCAGCAGCGAUCGGUUGUCGCUCCAGCGACCAGUUCGUUCGACAGACAUUGAGUCUUCAGCGAUCUGAAGCUUUUCUACGGGAUGUACAUGAUGUUGCGUCGGCGUUCGAAGGAAAUGAUUGCGGGUCAGUCAGUGCGAUAGGAUAGACACCAUUUGUUGUUGACGCCAAUUGGUGACUGUAUCGGUGUCGUUGUGAUAGUUGUGUUUCUCUUUUUUGCUGUGAUCGUUUCGAGUGUUCCUGGUGGGCGAUGAUGCGUGUCUGCGCUACAGGCGAAUGUGGUUAGGUGUUGUUGUUGAGUUAAGCCGGCCCGCCCGCCCUACCCUACCAGAGCUCCCCGAAUUUCUGUCGCAGUUUUACGUAUACAAGGGCAGCUAUACUGGCACAGCAGCCUAUCAGUGUGUCGAUUAAUUCGUGUGUGCGUACAAGGUGGGCCAUUGCCUUUAUUCUCAUUGUGAUCGAACGCAAGUGACUCAAAUACAGCAAAUAUGGGGGGUGUAUUUACCAGUUUAGUGCGCUGCAGAUAGCCGGCUAGUACAGAGCUUCGUUGUAUUCGCUAGCGUUAGAUCUUCAUUCAGUCCGAGUCAGCUGUUCCCUUGAAAGCAGUCACUUGAGCUUACCAUUAGUGUCACCUUUAUCGUCAUUGUGAUUAUUGUUACUGUUCUUGUGAACUGGUUGUUCAACCGUCGUACGCUCUAGCAAACCAUCUCUCGAACGCCAACCAUUAACACCACAUCGUCGCCAGUAUGCUUGACGCACAAUCAGCUGUCACACAGCGCAGUAGUCGUAUCGGAACAACUUCUAGACGACAGCAACAACUUCAACAUUAUGAUCAUCAACGCCGUUUUGAGAAUCACCAGCGCUGUCGUAGUGCCUUAACUCAACCUCAUGAUUACCGUCUCCGCAUAAGUGCGCAGCAAAUAGUUGAAUUCGUCAGUUCCUUCGUUAGCACGAUUCAUUUGGAAGCUGGCCUCCAUCAUCAGCAUCGGUGAGGUGGGUACGCGGAGCCCCCCGGCUACGGCUGUUCGUCUAGCGGCCGCCGCUGCGGCUGCUGGCGAAGCCGUGGCGGGGGCUCGAAGAAGAGCGGAGCACCUGGCAGAGCGCUGGUGGUGCUCAGGGGCUCAGUUUAGACCCGGGACAACAGCUGCGGUGAUGGCAGCCACCUCAGCGUCAACAUCGGCUGGAGGAAUGCCCGCCGAAGAUCAUACGCAGCGGUCGGCAAGUUCGGCCGCCACUUCGUCUUCGAAUUUACACCCGUUCCCGCCGCCUUUGUGGAUGUACAAACAGCAGCUUGAGGCGAGUGCUCUCUCACAAUCUGGUCAACCGCUACACGGUCUUGCGGGUCAAGGCCCAUCUCAAGCCAUGCAGGAGUUCCACUAUCACGGCCUGCCAACGAACGCGGCACCGACCAGUCCUAAGCCCCCGCAGGCGCCAUCGCAUCAUGGUGCUCAAGCACUACUGCGGCCGCCCACGGGGGCAAAUGCACUAGCCGAUGGAGCCGCGUCUUCUGGUGGUGACGGAGGCGGUGGUAACGGCGGAGGUACUGGGAGCAACGGAAGUGGCGGACUUCUGACGUCACGAGCCGCUACGCCUCGACAACCUCCACGGCCCCAGGGGCCCCUAGCAGAUGUUCUUCCACCUGGCGGACUUCAAGCUGGAGUUGGUGGAGCGGGCUACCCCCGGGCAAGCGACAGGGGACCAGCUUUGUCCGGCGUUCCGGGUGUUCCAAGGGUACCGGCUUCACACCAGCAUCAAUGUCUGCAGUGCUUCAAAGGCUUCAGCAGCAGCCACCAGCUCACACAACAUACGCGCAUCCACACCGGGGAGAAGCCCUAUAAAUGCUCGUUCUGCGAUCGACGCUUCAAGCAGCUCAGCCACGUGCAGCAGCAUACGCGACUGCACACAGGGGAGCGUCCGUACAGAUGCACGGUGGCGGAGUGUGCGCGCGCCUUCACCCAGCUGUCAAACCUACAGCAACAUCUACGCAACCACGAAUCCCAGCUGGAGAGGUUGCGUUCACGUCCGUUCCACUGUCCGCUCUGCGGCAAAGGCUUUGCCUCCGACGCUUCGUUACGCGCCCAUCGCGGCAAGGUUUGUCCGGCCAGCCCACAGGUGGCGCAGGCCGCACAAAGCGGCAGCAGUUUAGCAAACCACCUUCAACAACAACAACAGCAACAGCAACAGCAACAACAAGCACAACAACAGCCGCAUCAGCAGCAGCAACAACAACAACAACAACAACAACAACAACAACAGCAGCAGCAGCAGCAGCAGCAGCAGCAGCAGCAACAACAACAGCAGCAGCAACAACAACAGCAGGCACAGCAGCAGCAACCCCAGGCCGAACUAGUCUUGCGGACGCCCGCGCAGGACGAGAUGGCAGGCUUAGCCAGUCCCGCUCCAAGCGGUCAGGGCGGCCCCGGAGGCCAAUCGAGUGGCCAAGGGAGCCAGUCUGGACAACAGCAGGGCGGUGUCUGCUGCGCCAUCUGCAACAAGGGCUUCUCAUCGGGUGAAACGCUGGCCGAGCACAUGCGGAUAACUCAUGCGUUUCCCAUGGGGGUUCCGCCAUCGCCAUAUCCUCUCAAACGAAAAAGAGGUCGGCCUUCAAGACAAGAUAUGGCCACCGAACAGCUCGCCAACUUUGUCGUAUACAACAUACCCAAGCAGGAGAUGGACGACGCAGACGAACAACAUCAACAGCAGCAGCAGCAGCAACAGGCAGCAGAGGCCUUGCAACGUACACUAGUUGGCCUGGCACCGUUCAUCAUGCAGAGUCCACCUCUGCAGGCCUACCAGCCGCUCAUGAUGGAUGCGGCGGCAGCGGCAGCUGCCGCAGGAACGCCGUCCUCACUCGGACAUGCGACUCACUAAUCCGUGAACAUGAUAAGAUCACAAGCGGCUAGUGAGCCGCGGACGAAUAGUACUAACGCCAUAAGGAAUAAAUAGGGGUAUGAUAGAGGAACGGCGUGCGUCAAUAUAACCUUGACAACUGAAUAACUAGGCCGUCAAGCAAUAACCAGCCUGCCUCUUGAACGUCGAUAUCAAUAUUGGCUCGUACGCCUCUCGACGCCAGCGAUGAAAGAUUAAUUGUCAACCAGAAAACUGCAGAACGCGCUAGCAAAGCAAAUGAUAGUCUGAGCAACUCGAUAGCAAAGAGCGGGCAUAUCUCAAUUCAGCGAGUCUCAAUUCACAAUAACAAAUACUCGGCGUAUUUAAGUCGUCAAUCGAAGAUGGAUUUAUCGAUAUCAUCAUUCACAUGAUGAUAACAUACGGCGCAGUGAUGCAGUAUUGCGGGUCCGUUGUGGGUACUCCGAGUGCCCCAACAGCCAACCCUGUGGCCGCGCUGUAGCAACGAGCCCGGAUCGACGACAGCCGACGAGUUACGAUAAUGUCGCCAUCAGAGAGAGAGCGACAGAGGGAAUCUGCGCACGAACAAUAUGGCGAAAUACUGCAAACAUACUUACGCACAUUGGAUUGAAACCGGUGAACCCACAAGUAGUAUACUGAAGACGGUCAGGCUGUACCAGUGGUUUAUUCAAAGCAAAAAGGAAAUAAAAUUUAUUCCUGCCGAAUUCGAGCCAUAUACAUACCUACUCGGUAUAAGUUCAAUUCACCCAAUGUCCAUUGACAAGAGCGUGUAGCGAAGCAUGUCAAUCAGUGUCAAAUCGACUCUAUCUUUGGCGUGAGAUCCCCUUACUAUGUACACCUAUGCCACCCUAGACGUGAAUGCAAUUGUGGAAGCGGCCAUUAAUCGAUUUGUAGGUCGUCAUUCUUGCAAAGACAAAUGUCUACCACCUGCGGACGAAGACUCGAGAGAGUUGUGAAUAUGCGAAGCAACGGGUUGCGUACGAGCGCAGCGACGACACAUUUGGGUCCCACUAUCCCGGUGAUGGCCACGACACAGGCCGUGGGUCGGUGGCUGCACGUUGGCUCAAUGGAGCUCAAUUAUACACAUUUAACGAUGAUUUCAAGGCAUAUUGCUACAUACGGUAAAAUACUGAUCGAAUUAGUCGGAUGUUUGUUGACAAACAGCGUUCGACAGUUCUCAGUAGCAUCGCUGGACACGCAAACACUUCAAAGUGAAAAGGUGUCACAGACCACGACGGAUCGUGGCGCGUACUGUACAGAAAUAGUGGAAGGAGAGAUAAGUGGUUUUCGUUAGGAGAAAAAAAUGAUAGAAAAGCCAAAUCACGCUAUAAUUGGGAGCCAGGGAAGAGACGCAGGAAGUCCAACUAAAUGCCAGUUAAAUAGCGUACGACGGAGGAGUGAGCUCGAGUAUAAAUAAGCUGGAAGCCUGCUUGCUGCAAAGAUGGACACUGAUACAUUUACGCAUGACUGUGAGUUCGUAGGUUCACAAGUAUCGAUUUCUAUGUAUGGUGAGCAGCUUGUAAGCCAGGGGGUUUGUUAAUCGCCUUGCAAUUAAAGGUGGUGAUUGUGAACGAACCUAUUCCUCAUUGCUCAGAGUUAGUUUUUUUCUAAUAGGUGCAUAUGUACACCUAAUUACAGUUGUCAAUUAGUGUUAGUUUAAAUACAGAUUGUGUGCAGUUGGUUAUUUGUUAAGGGCAAAUGAUUUUCUCUUCCACGAAUGGUGGUGUACAACAGAAUACUUCGUAGAAGCGAUGAUACAAGCUAAAAAGUGGUAUAAUUAUACCUUUAUCGAGAGGCAACAAGCCAUUCUGGAAAAGAUGUACAGCGAAGUUCCUCACCAUUGGCAGGGGAGCCAUCUAUGAAAAGAGGCAAUUCCACUGCAGGUGUUGAGUAUGAAAAUAAGUUGCGAUGUUUGGAAAUGAUAAGAAGUAGAUGGCGCGGCACACAAUAAUUAAUCAAGUUAACGCAGUAAUCCAAGCAGUCAAGCAGACUCCAAGCAAAGUCGAGUAAUUUUUGUAAUUAUAGUUUCUGUGACAGAGAAAAACCUACAUAAUUAUAACAAAAAUAUUGUAUUAUUAAUAGUAGACAAGACGGUUGAAAGAGAAAUGGAUUUUACGAAAGGUGGGAACGUAUAUAUAUAUAUAUAUAUAUAUAUAUAUAUAUAGUGAAUAUAUGUAUCAAGCAAGAUUUUUGGGCAAUUCUCAGUAGCACGGGCGGCACUGUGUUACUACUACGUACAUAAAAAUAUAU